AUGUCCUCUUCUGCUCUGACUACGAUCCCGAUGGUCGCGACGGCUGAGGAAGCCAAGAGUCUUGUUGCUUCUCUGCGGCAAAUUCCAGGAAACAAAGUUUGCUUUGACUGUCCCAACAAAAGUCCGAGUUGGUGUAGCGUCAGCUAUGGCGUCUUUCUCUGCAUGGACUGCUGCGGCAGACAUCGCGGGCUCGGGGUGCACAUCUCUUUUGUGCGCUCCACGGAGCUCGACAUCUGGCGGCCGGAUGAGGCGCUGCGGGUGGCGUUGGGCGGCAACGCGGCCGCGCAGAAAUUUCUCCAGGAGCGCGGCAUCAUCGAUCGCAAGGCGUGGUACGGCACCCACGUCGGCACCGUCUACCGCAAGCAACUCGACCGAAGCGUCUCCGAGGCGCUGGCGGCCGUCUGCGGGAAUCUUGUCGGGGUCCCCCCUGAGGUGGCGGUUGUCGUCCUGAAAGGACGGUCGACCUCCGAAGAGGAGAGUCGGAUUACCGAGGGCUCCGGCCUGCUUCCCGCCUCGUCGUUCCCGGAGCUGGACGGGAGCGAGGGCAGCGCGGGGUCUUCCGUGCGGGUGACGCCGACCCUCGCUGGCCCCUCGAGGUUCGGUGGGGCGAAGAAAACCACCAAGCGAAGUUUCGGCCUUGCCGCCGCGCUAAAGCCGCUCGAGAAUGGAUCGAUCCAGGAGGCGAGCACGCCGGUGCCCACGGAGCUGCUCUACCGGACCCCGGCCGUGGAGCCCGCGAGGACGACCCUGGAGCGGCCGCCCCUUCCCAACCGGCCGAGCCCCUCUAAAAAACCUCUCGUGGCGUUGCGUGACGAAGGGGAGGAACCGGCGGAGGCCCACACCGGGCCGGACUUUCGUGGGAUGGGCAAUCAGGCCUUCGCGUCUGAAGCGGUGGGGAUGCGAUAUGGCGACGUGGAUGGGGAUCGUAACGGCAUCCUGACGGAGGCGACGGGUCAGAUGAGUCAAAUUUGGGAUUCACUGAAGAGCUCCGUUUCUGUGGCGCAAGAAAAGUAUGGUGAAACGCUUAAACGUUUUUUGGAUGAUUUUUAA